CCCCCCUCCCUCCCUCCCUCUCCUCCUCACCGCGCGGAGUUCGACGCGCGCAGGCACAACAGAUGGUACAGUACAGCAGUACUGCAGGAGCGCAUGAAUUUGAUGUAGAAGAAGUACUUUUGUUUCUUUAAACUUCACAGGAACGUUUAGUAUAGCAGGAGGACGAACUCGACUUGCACAGCCACUGGAUCCUACGUUUACAGGCGGAAUUUGGUGUCAAGGUCAGGAGUUGCCAUGCCAUUUGGCUGUUUAACAAUCGGGGAAAAGAAGGAUUAUAGCAAUCCUUCGGAUGUGACAGAUAAAUAUGAUCUGGGUCAGAUUGUUAAAUCGGAGGAGUUCUGUGAGAUAUUCAGGGCCAAGGACAAAACUACAAUGAAAAUGUAUACAUGUAAAAAGUUCCUGAAAAAGGAUGGAAGGAAAGUCCGCAAGGCUGCGAAAAAUGAGAUUGUCAUCUUAAAGAUGGUGAAGCAUCCCAACAUUCUCCAACUGGUGGACGUCUUCGAGACCAAAAAAGAGUACUUCCUCUUCCUUGAACUUGCAACAGGCAGAGAGGUUUUUGACUGGAUCCUGGACCAAGGCUACUACUCAGAGCGAGACACCAGCAACGUGGUGCGACAGGUGCUGGAGGCUGUCGCCUACCUCCACUCCCUGCAUAUUGUUCACAGAAACCUCAAGUUGGAGAACUUGGUUUACUACAAUCGCCUGAAGCACUCUAAAAUAGUCAUCAGUGACUUCCAUCUUGCCAAGCUGGAGAACGGACUAAUCAAAGACCCCUGUGGGACACCAGAGUACCUGGCUCCAGAGGUGGUUGGCAGACAGCGAUAUGGCAGGCCCGUGGACUGCUGGGCAACAGGUGUCAUCAUGUACAUACUGCUGUCAGGCAACCCUCCUUUCUACGAUGAAACUGACGACGAUGAUUUUGAAAAUCAUGACAAGAACCUGUUCCGAAAGAUCCUGGCAGGCGAUUAUGAGUUUGACUCUCCGUACUGGGAUGAAAUCUCAGAUUCAGCUAAGAGUCUGGUUGCUCGUCUGAUGGAGGUGGAUCUAGACCAGAGACUGACAGCCCAGGAGGCUAUAAACCAUGAAUGGAUCUCUGGCGGUGCAGCUUCAGAUAAGAACAUCAAGGAAAAUGUGUGUGCACAAAUAGAGAAGAACUUUGCCAGAGCUAAAUGGAAGAAAGCUGUGCGGGUCACCACCAUCAUGAAGAGACUGCGAGCCCCAGAGCAGAGUGACUCGAGGGCAACUAGCCCUUCAGCCGGCGCCCCAGCAGACGUUGCAGCAGACGCCGCAGCUCCCCAGGCUGCCACCACUCCCUCUGCAACCUCAUCUGACACAACCCCUGAGGGAGCGCCCGCUGCCGUCACAGAGCUCCCUGCUGGAGCGGAGAUAAGUCAACCGGCACCAGAGGCAGCCGGGGUGGCAGCCACAGCCGAGGAGCCACAAGAACCAAGCCCAGCGCCACAGGAGGCCGAGCCCACAUCGCGUUGCAAUGGAGAAGCUUCGAAUGCGCUCCAUGCAGCCACUGACGCCGGGGACGAGCAGGCUUAGACCCCACCCCCCCACCCCUUCCUGCGUGUCCUCUGCAGUCUCCACCAACUCCUGCACACUGUACAUUACCUGCUAGCAUGGUGACACUGACUCUGCUUCUCUCUCACUUGCAGCAUUAGUAUCAUCUCAUGGAGGCUGUGUGCUACCUAUCCCAAGUGCUGUGCUGCAUUGGCUUUCUUUUUACAUUUAUUGUGUCUUUUUUAACUGAACCUUUGGUGUUUUAUGUCAGGUUAUAUAAACCAAGUCUAUCUUCACACAUUUAAGUUUAAGGGGCAAAACCAGAUUGGCUGUCGAGCGGUGGCUUGCAGCUAAAGUCUUCUUUCUGAUUCUUCUCUUAGCGAUAAGAGAAUAUAAUUGUGCUGAAACGGCUUUGAUUCCUUUUUAAUGAGCCAACUUGGGAAACUUCCCUUUGCCAGUCUUGCAAUUACAGUAUUUGUUCUUAGAAUCAGUGGAAAGUUUUGCUUCCGAAAUGUUGACCUUGUACCGUGAUACUCAGUAAGUGCUGGUCCUCACACAUGAAGAAGAUCACAUAUUCCUGUCACAGGGAAAAUAUGCUUAUCUUACUUAUUUGUUCCUGUCUACACUAACCAGUUAUUGUACGUUAAACAAUGCUGAGAUUGGUGACUGGGAGUGAUUAUGCCCAGUACUGUAUUUUUAACUAGGCAGCUUUACACAUAAGCACACACACAAACACUAUGUUCCUUUGCUUACUUCCUGCUCAGGAAAGAACCUCAUAGCUGUAAGUGUAAAGAUUCUGUAUAUAGAGACCUUUGUAGAAGUAGCCAAAACAGCAUGCAUUCUCACUUUUUGCUGUUCGCUUUACAUUUACAGCCACUUGGUGGAUAAAGAUGUGCUACUGCCAAACUACAUCUUAUUGCAGUAAACAGCACCCUCGUCUCUUGCCACAAGCCAUGCCGAGGCUAAUGUUUUAUUUUAAAAACACUAUACACUAUGCUGUCUAUUACCACUGUUCAUUUAGCAACCCUGCUGUCAAUGUAUGUCAUAUGGGAACAAAUUAUUACAUAGCAGUUCUAUGCAUUCAAAUUAAUUUGUAGCUUUUCAUUUUUAGAAACUCUGUGACAUAUUUAUUCAUCACGUGACAAUAACAUAUUUUUUCUUGGUCUAGGUGUAUCUACUUUGAUUUAAUCAUGUACUUCUUCUUAGGUUAUUGACUCAAAAUGCCACAUAUGUCUUAGUAUUUGGUUGUACUGUAAAACAAAAUGUGCAUUAAAUGACCACAUGCGGCGUUUUAGGGAAGAGAUGAAUCGUUUUAAAUUUGUGAUAACCAGGGUCACCUUCACCAACUCAGCUUUGUUAACACACAUACAGUAUACAUACAUAUAUUAUGAAGAAUAUGUUGGUCAUUUCUGAACUUACUGUAUGUUUAUUUGGAUUUUGUUAUUGCCAUAUUUCCUUUUGUUGUUUUUUGACUCUUUCAGCCAUGUGUUAAUUCCAUAGACGUUUCUCCUUAUACUUGAUAAACAGUAAUAACAAUCUUUCCUUUCUUUCCACUUGUCCCCUCGAGUAUUAAUAAUGAGCUACAGAAAGAGUUCUCUGUAAUCACUCUAGAGGAAAUUGAGCAAUAUUUGAACGGCUGCAGAAACUGUGAUUCCUGGUGUCCUUUCGAUACAGUCGAUGUACCUGUAAGUAAAAGUCUAUAGUCCUUACCAGCUGUCGAGCCCAUCAGGGCCACUUAAGUGGCUGCGGUCAGAUAAAGAGUGUGUGUGUGUGUGUAUGUGUGUGUGUGUGUGUGUGAGAGUGUGAGUUUGAGUGUGAGUGUGUGUGUGGUCCUCAACAAGACCAUAUUUGCUCUUCUGGCCUGUCAGUCCUCACAUGAUUUCCAUGUGCUAACCAAACGGAACUAUGGGUUUUCAUUAAAACAACAGCCACACUGUCAAUACGAUUGUUAGAUGAUAUAUAAUUAGAUUAUAACAUGUUAUGGCUCGUUCACAGCCACUUUGUCCGACUCUACCCAAAAUGUGAACACCUGUGAAUUUAUAACAAAAUGUGCAUUUCAGAUUUUAAAAAAGGGGGCUUUGGAGAAAAUGUAUAACCUUUAAAAUCUGUAGAAUCUCAACUUUGACUUUGUUUUUGCAGAGUCUUUUUAUUUAUACAUGUAUCUACUUUUAAUUUAAUAUACCACUACUGUACAUCAUUUCUAACAUUGUUUAAGAUAAAUAUUUAGAUUUUAAUGAGAGGCUUAAACAGAAGAAUAUCAGAGAUUUUUAUGUGAAUAGAUUAUUUCCUGUAGUCUGUUCUCUUUGUUUAGAUGGCAAAUAAAUACUGUUUGAACACUGUUACACACUUUAAAGCAAGCUUUUCCUCCCCAAUGCAUUUCUUACUGUAUUUAGUAUUCCAUGUCUGUUCAUUUUACCAUGCACUUACAGGUGUAUUUGUGGAUGUGAUGUUUGCCAGGACCAGGGGUCACCUGUAGGUCCUGUCUUGCAUUUGUGAGCUCUGUACUGUACUCCUUGAUUGAGUUGAUGACUUCGAUGGUAAUAAAAAUUAUAAUUCACCCAUUUA